GAGUUGUAUGAUGAGGCCAUUGGACGCACAGUGAGCAAGUGUGAGUCAGUGGUGAACAGGUACAACGACCUGUGUGAGAGGGAGGUGAACAGACUGCACCACAUAUUCUCCUCUGUCCUCCACGCCCAACAAAACUGCUCAGAGCUGAGCAAUGGUCGUGUUGAGAGUAUGGAAAAGAUGGACUCCCUUCUGUCUCAGUUAUCACUGGUCCAGUUCGACCCCCAAUCUGUUCGCAAUCUCAGACUAGCUUACGAGGAUCUGCUGGAGCAUGUGGAAGCUGAAGUGGGCAGUCUGACUGCGCAAGUGACGUCCAAGUGUCUGCAAAAUGUGACCAUGGAGAAGAACUUGGAAGAGGUGAUGGAGGAGGUGGACAUUCUACGAUCUCACAACACUAUUCUCGAACAGCAGCUCAACUCAGUGGCAGAUGGACCAGAAGAGCGAAAAGAACAGCUAUGAAAAGAAGGAGGAACUACUUAGCCUCAUCCUCACACUCUUAUAAUCUGAAAAGCAGACACACACUUACAGAAUACAGCAAGAUGACAAAUGUGCCAUGCUUCUCUACCAUUCUCUAACUUAUGUUCUCCAUGCUCAUGCGUGUU